CCUUCGUCCCUCCGCCGUGGCGGGCCGCCAGCGACUGGGACGAGGAGGCGAAGGUCGAAGCAGCCGACUUGCGGAGAAGCUUCCUGAAACGUAGUUGUUGCACGUGGACAAACGCCACAGCGUGUAGGGGUCUACAUUGGGGAGGAGAAGUUGGGUUCCCAACCAAACACAACUGCUUUCAUGCAAACUUCAGUAGUACAUCUGUAACGAAAAGAUGGAUCUGGGAUCACAUUCCACUCUGAACGAACACCUACAACAGACAGGAAUUCCAUCUGGAUCACAAGAUAAAGUUUCAGUUCCUGAUUCUGGACCAGCAGUGGCUGAACCUCAGCUGGCUGUGGCUCCUGUGGUAACGUCAAAGUUGUCUGUGAAAGCACCUGAGUUUUAUCCAUCAGGAUACAACCAGAACUUCAAUCAGAACUUUGCAGAUUCUUCCUUUGAAGAUAGAUAUGAUGGCUAUCUGACUUUGGCGGAAUAUGUACAAGACUUCCUAAAUCACCUCACCGAGCAACCAGGUUGUUUUGAAAGUGAAAUAGAGCAAUUUGCUGAAACACUGAAUGGCUGGGUCACUGCAGAUGAAGCUCUACAAGAACUUGUUGAACUCAUCUAUCAGCAGGCCACAUCUGUCCCAAAUUUUUCGUACAUGGGAGCACGGUUGUGUAACUAUCUAUCUCACCACCUAACCAUUAGUCCACAAAGUGGGAACUUCCGACAGUUGUUACUUCAAAGGUGUCGAACAGAGUAUGAAAACAGAGAUGAAGCUACCAAAGGAGAUGAGACUACUCGAAAACAAUUUCAUGCCUUUGUGCUGUUCUUAGCUGAACUUUAUCUUAACCUAGAGAUUAAAGGAACAAAGGGACAGGUAACACGAGCAGAAAUUCUUCAAGAAGGCCUUCGGGAAUUACUAAAUGCGCUCUUCUCUAAUCCUGUGGACAGUAAUUUGAUAUGUGCAGUGAAACUGCUGAAGUUGACAGGCUCAGUUUUAGAAGAUGCCUGGAAAGAAAAGGGGAAGAAUGAUAUGGAGGAAAUGAUUCAUCGAAUUGAAAAUGUUGUGUUGGAUGCAAACUGUAGCAGAGAUGUGAAACAUAUGCUUCUGAAACUAGUAGAACUGCGAUCAAGUAACUGGGGUCGAGUUCACGGAACUUCUCCACAUACAGAAGCUACCCCUGAAAAUGACCCAAACUAUUUUAUGAAUGAGCCAACAUUUUACACUUCUGAUGGUGUUCCUUUCACUGCAGCAGAUCCAGAUUACCAAGAAAAAUACCAAGAGCUGCUUGAAAGAGAGGAUUUGUUUCCAGAGUAUGAAGAAAAUGGAACAGAUCUAUCAGGACCUGGAGAUCCGUAUUUUGAUUACAUUGAUGACGAGAUGGAUCCAGAAAUUGAAGAAGCAUAUGAAAAAUUCUGUCUAGAAUCAGAACAUAAUAGAAAACAGUGAUAUGUUACACAUUAAGUUUAUUAAGCCCAUUUAGGUAUGGUUAGAAUACAGGGGAACACAAAACAUUUGUACCAAAAUAAGGAACUUGAGUUUCUCCAAGUACUAAAGUUACACAAUUUCCAUUUUGUUUAACAGAAUCUGCCAAAAAUUGUAAACUUAUGCCCUGUAACUUAAAAUGUUGUGUAUAUAUCAUAGUUUAUUUUAUGUACAGG